CUCUCUAUAACAGUCAGCUGCAGGCUAGUGGUGAGGGGAUAUAGAAGAACCAUGGGUCUGCCUGCAGUUCGGCUCAAGACAGUCCUCCUUGUGCUCCUUUCUCUGGGGCUCACUCUGGUUUUGGGCUUUGGGUUACCAGAGGUGUUAAAUCUGCUGUUCAAAUUAUCGGGGAUCCCUGGAGCCAAUGCGACAUAUGGCAUUGUGCUUCUGUACUUUGUAUUUGUUCUGUGGGUAGCCAUGCCAUCCAUACCUAGGGGCACUUUACCAGUUCAAGAAAAGGAGGUGCUGAUUACCGGUUGUGACUCAGGAUUUGGAUUGGCUCUGGCAAAGCACUUGCACAAAUUAGGAUUCACUGUGUUUGCAGGUUGUUUGCUAAAGAACAAAAAUGGAGACGGAGCGCAAGAACUGGAGAACUUGCAGUCCGAUCGGAUGAGAGUGCUCCAGCUAAAUGUGUGCAGCGAGGAGGAGGUCAGUGAAGCCGUGCUGUUUGUGAGAAAGCACCUAAAAAACCCAGAGAAAGGGUUGUGGGGGUUGGUGAAUAAUGCUGGCAUCUCAUCCUUUGGGGAAGUGGAAUUCACCAGUAUAGACAAAUAUAAAGAGGUAACAGAUGUAAACUUAUGGGGAACUAUAAGGAUUACAAAAGCAUUCCUGCCUUUUAUCCGCCGUGCUCAAGGUCGUGUGGUCUGCAUGGUAAGCAUGUUUGGAAGGAUGAGUAGCCCAUCCAGGUCCUGCUAUUGUGUGUCAAAAUAUGGAGUUGAAGCCUUUACAGAUUGCUUGAGACAGGAAAUGUACCAUUGGGGAGUUAAGGUUAUUGCUAUUGAGCCUGGAAAUUUCAUUGCUGCCACUGGCAUUUUUACCAAAGAAAGCGUAGAAAGAAGAGGAAUAGAGAUGUGGGAAGAAGCUUCAGACCUUUUACGAAAUGAUUAUGGGAAACUUCAUUUCUCUCAAGAAGUUGCCAAGAUGAAAUCGUUUGUGAGCUCUGGCGGUAAAGAUAAGACUAUUGUUCUUCAAGCAAUCACAGAUGCGCUUAUAUCAAGAUUCCCGUAUGCACGCUACAACCCCACAGAUACAUACUGCUGGAUAAAGCUGCAAGUUAUGUCUCACCUACCUACUGCAAUUGCAGACAGGAUUUAUAUUUACUGAGAAAAACUUUUUUUUUUUCCUGACAGUAUUUUUAAAAUCUAAUAUAAAACUAAUUCUUAAAUGAAACUGUGUAAAAUAGAAAUAUUUUCUGCGUCUGGAAAGGUAUUAUUUACUAUUCCUUCCUUUAAAGGGACAGUCUACCUUAGAAUUGUUAUUGUUUAAAAAGAUAGAUAAUCCCUUUAUUGCCCAUUCCCCUAUUCUGCAUAACUAACACGGUUAUAUUAAUAUACUUUUUUUUACCUCUGAUUACCUUUUAUCUGAGCCUUUGCAGACUGUCCCCUUAUUUUAGUUCUUUUGACAGACUUGCAUGUAGCCAAUCAGUGCCCUCUCACUUGUAAAUCCACGGGUCUGGUCACACUGUUAUCUGUAUGGCACACAUGAACUUACACCCUCUAGCUGUGAAAAACUGCCAAAUGCAUUGAAAUAAGGGGGGCGGGCCUUCAAUGUUUUAGAAAUUUAGCAUAUGAGCCUAUCUAGGUUUAGCUUUUAACAAAGAAUACCAAGGGAGCAAAGAAAAUUUGAUGAUAAAAGUAAAUUGAAAAGUUGUUUAAAAUUGCAUUUCCUAUCUAAGUCAUGAAAGUUUAAUUUUGACUAGACUGUCCCUUUUAAGUGUAAAUUCUAAAUAAAAUAAUAUAUUUUACAA